ACAUCAUCGAUUUUGGUCCAAAACACCAAGGUGCACGUUUCCAAGGACAUUUUACUCUUGUCACUUCGGGCACGAACUGCCAUUUUUCUCUCGCCGAGAGUUUGGGUUAAAAAUAAAGGAGUGAAAAUGGCAAACACUCGACGAAUCGGGCAGAGGAGACGGAGCAGCCUCGAAGAAAUGUCAGCUUUUUCAAAGGCUGCCUCGGCCUCGAAUAACUUAGCACAAGGAGGUCCGGCGGCGCCAGCGCGCGGGCGACGGGCGUCUAUAGCCGUGGCACCUUCGGCUAACAGUAUGGCACGAUUGGUACCGCCGGGAAUGCAUAACACUGACAGAUCAUCAUUAUUCCGAAAGGAUGACGAAGCAAGGGCCAUUGAGAAGGAAGCAUCCUUAGCUUGGAAGGUUCUGUCCAACACCCAGACGCAAGCUCUUCAGGAUGCAUCAGUGGAAGAUGUGGAAAAAAAAUUGUCGGAGAUUCUCAAGCUGACCAACUCGGAGAUCGACCUGUCGGAGUCAGUGCUUCUAGACUACUACGUCUGUGGGUUCUGGUGGGCUAAGGAGAGAGGCUUCACCACGCAGCAGCUCUCUGGGUUUUUCACCGUGCUGCAUACACUCCUGGAGAACAUCAGAGAAAAGCAGCUGUCUCUAGCAGACAAUUUGUCGGAGUUCCGUAAGAUGCUAGUCGGCAUCGGCGCAGACAACAACAGUCCAAGCAAAGGACUGGAUUUCUUUGACUUGGAACACGCUAAAGCCAUCACGGACUUUCUGCAGGGCACGUUAUUCCAGCAUCAUAAGAUGUACGAGUUCCUGUUUCACUCGGAGAGGACAGAAGAGAUUGUCGGGACAGAGCUGGUUGUUGAAGUUCUCCCGCCGGCAGCAAUGCCCUACCCGCCCCCUCUGGACGAGGGCUUGAGCGAAGAGGUCUACCUGAGGCAUGUGGCGCCUCCUCCCCCUACACCCACACCUGAACCCCAACCCCAGGAAGAAGACACCGAGGAGGAGGCGGGGACGGAUAUUAAGAGCGAGACCCCGAAGCUGAUCGAGGAACAAGUGGGAGCAGCUGAAGCAGCCAGCUUGGUUCAACCUGAGGCUCUCCUCGCCAGUGUUACGGCCGAAGAAGUCAAGACGAUGUUUGACCGUGUGUCAAAGGAGCUGUUUGCUGGCCUCCAGAGCGAAAUUUCUGAGAAAUUGUUGGAGAGAGAAGCAGAGAUCAUCGGCAGAAUCAACAAGAUACACAGAGUGGCUGAGGCUUAAAGAGGUCUUUACAUUGAGAAAGUCUUGAUCCAAAGAAAAGAUGGCCCGGAAUGGAUUUUUUUUUCUGUGGGAAAUCCUGGACCCUGGAAUACAGGGUGAUUGUGUAGUGUAGAGCCCUGUUCACUGUAAGGGAACAAAAAUCCACUUCUGGUUCUUGGACUUAACCAAACUAGUCAGCGAAAUUGCAACAGGCAUAUGCCGUAGAAACAGGGCAAGUUUAUUAUUUUUCGAGGGAGAUUUUCGGGUAGAGCGACGAUAAAGACUACUUAAAAAGCAACAUGAAAAUACAGAUGGCGAUCACCCCGAUGCAAAGUGAGCACGCACAACCACGUUAAUUCGCAUGGCACCAACUGUUAAAAUGCGUAAGAAAAUCACAUUUUCCACCGCAAGAAAGUGUUUAAAAGUACAAAAUAAUCAUGUGAUGUCAUUAAAAUUAACCAAAGUCUGCUGAAGGUUGAAAAGGUCAAUUUGGAAUUAUUAAAAUUGACUCUAAUUUGAGGAAAACUGAAGAGGGGCCCAGGCCUACACUACACAGUCGCCGAAUACUGCAGUAUCAAAGGAAUGCAUUCGUCACAGUUCAUUUGAAUAGCUGAGUUUGACUAAUUAGGACAGGAUGACUUGUGAAAUGGACUUGAUUCUAACACUGGCUGUGGGUUCCAAAAGGUUGAAAGGUCAUUGUUAGGCCAAAUAAAGAAAA